UCUCUCUGGUAAGUGAAAAAAUGUUAUCAUCAUUACAAGGGCAUAAUGGGUUUUUGCAGCGUCAACUUGUUGAUCAUCAGAGGGAAAAUGGUGAUGAUAGAUAUGGAAAAUCAACAAGGAAAAGUAAAUCAAAAGAUGCAGCAGUAACACAUGCCGUGGCAGAGCGUAAACGCAGAGAAAGAAUAAAUUCUCAUCUCCAUACUCUCAAGAAACUUUUCCCUUAUCUUCCUAAAAAGGACAAGCCAAGAGUGCUAACAGAGGUAGUCACUCAACUAAAGGAACUAAGGAAGAAUAUUGCUCAACAACUCGAGUUGUCAUCUUUAUUUCUACCUAGUGAAAAUGAUGAAGUAAUUGUAAAUUACUGUGACAAUGAAGAACGAACGGUCAAGACUACGAUUUGUUGUGAGGACAGACCAGGUCUGAACCGGGACUUAUCAUCCGCGAUCCGAUUGCUUCAAGGGCGGGUGAUCAAGGCGGAGAUGGCCACGGUCGGGGGCCGGACCAAGGCGGAGAUGGUGGUGGUGUUGGGUGGUAAUAAGGCAAAUGGAGGAGAAAAGAAUGUGGUACAACUUAAAAGGGCUUUAAAGGCUGUUGUGGAAAAUAGGGCUUUGGGCUUGGGAAGUUCUGUGAUAUUGGGGAAGAUUGGGUGAUGAUAAAUGGGCUUCUUUUGGUGGACUGGAUUUGGGUGCUAGUAAACGGGCUUGACUUUUGUGAUCAUCUAUGGGCUUUAACACGGGUUAAGUGUGAAUAGCUAACUUGGCUAUUAAUAG